CCUAGCCCAAGUCACCAGCGCACAGAUAUUUUUCAUUGAAAAGGAGAGAGGCAAAGUAGAGAAAAUGGCAGGAAUCGCACAGGAUUGGGAACCGGUUGUCAUCCGGAAGAAGGCUCCAACUGCCGCUGCUCGUAAGGAUGAGAAGGCCGUCAACGCCGCUCGCCGUUCCGGCGCCGAGAUCGAAACCGUGAAGAAGUCAAAUGCUGGCACAAACAGGGCUGCUUCAAGUAGUACCACUUUGAACACCAGGAAGCUUGAUGAGGAGACAGAUAAUCUAGCACAUGAGAAGGUUCCUAGUGAAUUGAAAAGGGCCAUCAUGCAAGCUCGAUUGGACAAGAAACUGACACAAGCUCAACUUGCUCAGAUGAUAAAUGAGAAACCGCAAAUUAUCCAGGAAUAUGAAUCUGGAAAGGCUAUUCCAAAUCAGCAGAUAAUUUCUAAACUCGAGAGGGCUCUCGGAGCGAAGCUGCGAGGAAAGAAGUAACAAACCAACGGGGAGGGAAGUCAAAUCUCUUGCACUUUCAUUGUCAGUUCGAGUACUAAAGUGAUGGUCCACAUGAACCCUUGUGUCCUUUUCAUUUAACCGCUGUUAUGCUCAACUGUUAGAACUCUGGACUAUGGAUUUGGCUUUCCUUGUGAAACAUGGAUGUUUUCUUGGUGAAAAUAAGAAUAUUACAAUCUUUUGCUGUUUCUUGUAUGAAUUAUGGGUUGAUUG